UGACCUAUCUCUCUCUUUCUCUCUCCACUGUACUGGUCCUCCUUUACCUUCACACACUCCCCGCAUUGUUGGGUUCAUUUCUUCGUUGUAUGACCUACUGUGACUCUCAGCUAUGGCCGAAUCCAUAGCAAUGCUUCCUUCAAGCAUCUCUUCCAAUGCUCCUUUGGACCAUCACCUUCGGUUGUUGCCUCGGUCACUGUGUAAUACUCAGAAACUCUAUCGCUGCCCCGAGGCUUGUAUGAGUGAUAGUCUAUCGAGGAAUUCCUUGGUUGCUAAAUACACUUCGACUCAAUCAUCGUUGUUGUUUGCUAAUAAACAAUCUCAAUCGCGUCAAAAGUGCUUGACUCCGUUAAAAGCUGUAGCGACUUCGGAGACUCCGGCUAAUUCCGCUUCGCCGCUCAUCGGAAAUGACAAGAUUGGGGUUUUAUUGCUCAAUCUUGGAGGUCCUGAGACUCUGGACGAUGUUCAGCCUUUUCUCUUUAAUCUCUUUGCUGAUCCGGAUAUUAUUCGACUUCCAAGGUUGUUCCGUUUUCUUCAAAAGCCCUUGGCACAAUUCAUAUCUGUUUUCAGGGCAUCCAAGAGCAAAGAAGGCUACGCCGCAAUUGGUGGUGGUUCUCCUCUUCGAAAAAUAACUGAUGCGCAGGCUGAAGAAUUGAGGAAGUCUCUCUGGUCAAAGAAUGUCCCAGCCAAGGUGUAUGUGGGAAUGCGAUAUUGGCAUCCAUUUACUGAGGAAGCUAUACAGCAGAUAAAAAGAGAUGGAAUUACAAAGCUUGUUGUCCUUCCACUUUAUCCACAAUUUUCAAUAUCAACUAGUGGUUCAAGCCUUCGACUCUUGGAGAGUAUAUUUAGGGAGGAUGAAUACUUAGUCAACAUGCAGCAUACAGUCAUACCUUCCUGGUACCAGCGUGAAGGGUAUAUAAAGGCCAUGGCAAAUUUGAUUGAGAUGGAGCUAAAAAUUUUUGACUCUCCCGAUAAGGUGGUGAUAUUCUUUAGUGCACAUGGGGUACCACUUGCGUAUGUGGAAGAGGCUGGUGAUCCUUACAAGGCAGAGAUGGAGGAAUGUGUAGAUCUUAUAAUUGAAGAAUUAGAGAAGAGAAAGAUAACUAAUGCAUAUACACUUGCUUAUCAGAGUAGGGUUGGACCUGUGGAAUGGUUGAAACCCUAUACAGAUGAGACAAUAAUCGAUCUUGGGAAAAAAGGUGUAAAAAGUCUGCUGGCUGUGCCUAUUAGCUUUGUGAGCGAGCACAUUGAAACUUUAGAAGAGAUUGAUGUUGAGUACAAAGAAUUGGCUCUAAAAUGUGGCAUAGAAAACUGGGGGCGUGUUCCUGCAUUAGGAUGUGAACCCGCCUUCAUUUCAGAUUUGGCAGAUGCUGUGAUCGAGAGUCUCCCAUACGUUGGAGCUAUGGCAGUCUCAAAUAUCGAAGCUCGACAGUCUUUAGUACCGCUUGGAAGUGUGGAAGAGUUACUGGCAGCAUAUGAUUCACAACGCAGGGAGCUUCCCCCACCGGUGACGGUGUGGGAAUGGGGAUGGACAAAAAGCGCAGAAACAUGGAAUGGGAGAGCAGCAAUGCUGGCAGUGCUUGUCCUACUGGUUCUAGAAGUCACCACAGGAGAAGGGUUUCUUCAUCAAUGGGGCAUUUUACCUUUGUUCCGUUGAGCAAUUAAAUCUCCAUCCUCUUCCUCUCCACCAAAAUUAAUGGAUCCCUAUCCUAUAAAUUUUUGAUUUCUUAGAUUUAAAAAAAAAAAAAAAAAAAAAACUCCUUUUUUCGUGUUCUUAACUUGAUCCAUACGUUUACUAGUUUUGGAUACGAAGGUACUAAUACUCAGUGCGUUACAUAAUGAUAUCAAAAUUUAGCUAGUGUAGAUGCUGUGCUUCUGUGUGCGGCAACGAACAGUAAAAAAAAAAAGAAAAAAAGAAAUGUUUGUAUCAUACUUGGUGUUGUAACACAAAAUUCCAUGGAUAAUGUAUAUUAUAAAAACUUUUAAAAUGUUUUUUUGAGCUUC